GACUUCGAAAAGGUGUUCGAGAAGAACAAGCACUGGGCAAGAUCGAAGAGAGCCGCAGACCCCGAAUUCUUCGAGAAGCUUGCUCGGGGGCAGAGUCCCUCCAUCCUGUGGAUCGGAUGCUCCGACGCCAGGGUUCCAGCGAAUGUCAUCAUUGGGGCUGAUAGCGGGACAGUCUUCGUACAGAGAAAUAUCGCCAACCAGUUUCUCGCCAUUGACAUCAACGCGCAAGCAGUGCUUCAGUAUGCCAUCGAGUUUCUGCAAGUUCCUCACAUCGUGGUUUGCGGGCAUUACGACUGCGGAGGUGUCAGGGCUGCUCUGAGAAACAUGAACCACGGCAGCCCUUUGGAGAACUGGCUGAGAAACAUCAGGGAUGUUUGGAGGCUUCACUACGACGAGAUUGUUCAGUUCCAUGGGGAGGCAAGAGUGAGGAGACUCGUGGAGCUCAACGUGGUCGAGCAGUGCCUGAACGUGUACAAGACAGCUUCAGUGCAGAAGCGACGAUGGGAGACUCUGCAGAAGGAUGGUAAGAUCCUGCCGCAGAUCCAUGGCCUCGUGUAUGACGUUGCCAAUGGAGAGCUCAAGAAGCUUCCGGUCAAGCAAACUCUGCUGUUGUCUUGA